AUGUUCAACCGCCGGCUCAGUGACAGUGACCAUUGGCAGAUAAACACCAAGUCUGAUAUGACACCCGGAAAGCGCGUGGUAAUCAUCGGCGCAGGCAUCGUCGGCACCAAUGUCGCCGAUGAGCUGGUCUCACGGGGAUGGAGGGACAUCACUGUGGUUGAGCAGGGUCCUUUGAGCAUGCCUGGCGGCUCCACAUCGCAUGCCCCCGGCCUUGUCUUCCAGACGACACCGAGCAAGACAAUGACGCAUCUCGCUCGGUAUACAAUCGAAAAGUUGCAGUCGAUCGAGAAGGAUGGCCAGAAUUGCUUCAACCAGGUUGGAGGGCUUGAAGUUGCCACUACACCGGACCGACUGGAGGAACUUAAGCGCAAGCAUGGCUACGCAUCGUCAUGGGGGAUCGAUGCUCGUCUUGUCACGGCCGACGAGUGCGUCCAGAUGUAUCCUCUACUCGACAAGGACGUGGUGCUUGGUGGCCUGCACAUACCGAGCGAUGGUUUGGCACUCGCAGCCCGGGCGACACAGCUACUCAUUGAAAGGACCCGUGCAGCGGGCGUCCGUUACCUGGAACAUACACCUGUCACGGGAAUCGAUCGGAUGGAGAACAAAGUCAGAGGGGUGGUCACGCCGAAUGGAACUCUCCCGGCCGACAUUAUCGUCUCCUGCGCAGGAUUUUGGGGCGUGGAAUUGGGUGAAAUGGCCGGCGUAUCGAUCCCUCUACUUCCGCUUGCGCAUCAAUAUGCAAAGACGACACCCGUGACUGCUCAUGCCGGGCGCGAAAUCAACAGUAAGCCCAAUGGAUUGAAUGCUAUGCUCCCCAUCCUACGCCACCAGGACCAGGACCUCUAUUAUCGCGAGCAUGGUGACCAGUAUGGCAUCGGCUAUUACGGGCACCGUCCCAUGCCCGUGGUGGCCGCCUCGCUGGGUUUAACCCCCAACCACGUCGACGAAUACAACAUGCCCUCACGACUCGAGUUUACGCCGGAAGAUUUUGCCCCUGCAUGGAGAGAGACCCAAAAGCUCCUUCCAGCCUUGAGGGACAGCCAGAUCGCGGACGGUUUCAACGGUAUAUUCUCGUUCACGCCCGACGGCGGGCCACUGGUCGGACAAGCCCCCAACCUUGACGGCUUCUAUGUUGCCGAAGCUGUCUGGGUCACGCACUCUGCCGGUGUUGCGCGAGCUGUCGCCGAGUUGCUCACGACUGGACGUUCUCGGAUUGAUCUUACCGAGUGCCUGUUGUCUCGCUUCGAAGACGUGCAGGUGACCCGGCCCUACGUUGAGGAGACAUCGCAGCAGAAUUUCGUCGAGAUAUACGAUAUUAUCCACCCACUACAGCCAAAAGAGUCGCCAAGGAAUCUCCGUGUCAGUCCGUUCCACGCCAGACAGCGCGAGCUAGGUGCAUAUUUCCUGGAGCUUGGAGGCUGGGAACGUCCGUUCUGGUACGAAUCGAACGCAGAGCUUGUGCAGAGUCUUCCGCCUAAAUGGCGUCCUGUGAAAAGAGACUCUUGGUCGGCACGAUACCACUCGCCUAUCGUCGCAGUAGAAGCAUGGAAGACGAGGCAUGCUGUGGCCAUGUACGAUAUGACUUCGUUCCACCGAUUCAUCGUGUCUGGGCCUGGCGCAGUUCAUCUCCUCCAACGACUGACCGCCAGGGAUGUCGCGACCAAGCCGGGGACGGUUACAUAUACGCUCCUCCUCGAUGACCACGGCUAUAUUCUCGGUGAUAUAUUUGUUACAAGAUUGGGCGAGAACGAAUACCAAAUCGGAGCCAAUAGUGCCACCGACUUGGUCUAUCUCACGAGACACGCUCGCCAUCACAGAGAAACAAGACCAUCCGAGUGGGUCGAGGUACGCGAUAUCACCGGAGGUACAUGCUGCCUGGGCCUCUGGGGCCCUCGUGCUGGGGACGUUCUACGAAACAUCUGCUCGGACGACUUAUCCGACACCGGGUUACCCUACUUCAACGCCAAGCAGACAAUCCUCUCGGGGAUCCCCGUAAUAAUGCUCCGAAAGUCCUACGUGGGAGAAUUCGGCUGGGAAAUCCAGACAACGGCGGAAUAUGGCCAGAGACUAUGGGAUGUCGUGUUGCAGGCUGGAAAGCUACAUGGCCUGAUUCCCGCCGGCCGCAGCGCCUUCAACUCGCUACGCCUGGAGAAGGGCUAUCGCACGUUUGGCAUCGAUAUGACCACCGAGCAUGACCCCCUAGAAGCAGGUCUUCUUUCUGCCGUGGAUCUCGAUAAGAACGGUGAUUUUCUCGGCAAAGCUGCACUACGCCGCCGUGUCCUUGAUAAUCCCGCGCGCAAGCUCCGCUGCCUGGUCGUCAAUGAUGGCCGGUCCGUUGUCAUGGGGAAGGAACCAGUAUUCUAUGAUAAGAAGCCAUCUGGGUACGUGACGGCCGCUGCAUUUGGGUACAGUUUUGGAAAGCCGAUUGCCUACGCAUGGUUACCUAGUGAGGUGGGCGAGGGCCACGUCGUCGAGAUUGAAUAUUUUGGACGACGCAUUGCUGCUACCGUGGUGGCAGAGCCACUGUUCGAUCCACAACAGAGUCGCCUGAAGGGUAGCGCUUCGUCGCCAUUUUCAGAGACCCAGAAGCCAGUGAGAUCUAUGUUAUAA